AUGAACAUUUCCCUGACAUUAGACAGUCUCAACCAAUUCCAUCAAAAAGCAAUGGAAAUAGACCAAAUCAAUCAAUUCCGUGAUGAUAUAGUGACACUUAUAAAAUCUUCUUCAAAGAAAGGCCUCUUCAAAGGAAUUAUAAAUCCUUCUGAGCACAUUCAGAAUUCACGCACAAAAAAAUUAAAUAGUAUUUUACCCAAAAACCAAUUUCACAAUAGAAUAAAUAUUUUUGAGGAAUUCAUUAAGCAUCCAGAUGUCAGCAUUGGCAUAAAUGUUCCUCCAACUUUGGUUCGCAUUGCCCAAUCAGCUGUUCCAUUUUUAAUUCAGACAUUAAAAAAUGGCAAAGUCGCAACAAGAGUCUAUCAAGAAGGUGAAUUUUUCAUCCAAAAUAAAGAAGAUGAUAAUAGUAUUUUUUGCUAUAAAGCUCAGAAUAAAGAAACUGUCCUAUUUUUUGAUGGGGAAUCUGCAAAAUUAAUGUGGGAAUCAUCUCAAGAACCAGUAGCGAUGCAGCCAUUUAUUGAAAGCUUAUCAAACCCCCCUUCUCUGACAAGAAUAGUCUGAAAAGAAGGCUCAAAAACAAAAUAUUUCUCAAUCAUAAACAAGAAAAAAAUCCCAGUCAGGUCUAAAAGUGGAACUAAAGUUACCCUAGAUAAAAAAGUAAAGCAAGCACGUUUACGUUCAUGCGUUUCUCCUUUCGAGUAUUCAAAAUCAAUAUUAAAGACUACAAAGUCCGUGAACAAUCCUUUCAAGCUUAAUUCAAAUCUUAAAUUCCCAAGGUUCGAAAGCAGUCCAAGUAAUUCUAAAGCGAGUUUAAAUCAGUCAGAUUUUUCCAAUAUUAAAAAGAAUUUGAUUUGAAGCGAUGUUGAGAAGAUAAUAGAAGUUGACAGAACAAAAAAUUUUCUUGUAAAUUCAAAAGUCCCAGAAAAUUGCAUUUCAUUGGAGACUAAAGGAAAAUUUGAUGAGAUAGAUAAAAUGACUUUUAAUGUUGUGAAUUUUUUGAAUGAACAUGUUUUUAAAGAUUUUAAGAUAUCUGCAAUAGUUCUUGAUUUUAUACAAGAUAAAAGUAGAAAAUGAAUAUUAUUGAAAUGCAGAGAAUGCUCUUUUGAUAGUCAUUUUGAUAUUAAUUUUCAUCAUGAAAAAGAAAGAAGCUCAAGCUUGCCAAGAAGAAAAUUAUCCAGUAGCUCAUCAAAAGGUUCUAAUUCAUUCCAUGAAGAAAUGGCAGAGCCAGAAAUAUUAGAUAAUCGCUUAAGCUUUAAUAAUCGAGAAGAAUUAAAAUGCAAUGAAGCCCAAGUGCAAUCUAAAAAAAAGCCAAAAUCCAUUCCACUUGAUGAAAUUUCUGAAAAAGAUUUAUCAGGAAGAUAUGAAAAAAUUAAUAAAAUAGCAAACCAAAAAACGAUUAUCACUCCAAAUAUCAUAAAAGAGCCAUCAACGCCCCAAUAUUAUACCUCAAAUCCACUAUUGUCAAAAUUUAAAUGCCCUUAUCAUAAAGUAAUCAUUGAUCAAAUUAAGCCUCAAGACUCAGUCCAAAACUAUACUCAGCAGCAUAUGAAUGAAGCUGUAGAUAGCUUUGACGAAAUCAAAAUCAAAGGGCAAAUUUCUAAAUUACGAUCUGAAAACUUAGUUCAAAAGUAUGGAGGUGAUCUUUUUUGGCAAGAAUUUAUCCUAUCAUUGUAUAAUAAAGUUUUGGCAAGUGAGUUACUUAAUAAGUAUUUCAAAAAUUGCAAACUUGAAAAUUUUACGAUGAUAGUUAAUGGGAUGUUCAUUAUAUUUAAUGGCCAAGUUAGCCUUGAAUUUAGAAGAAAAGUAAGGGCUAUGCAUCAAAAUAUGGGAUUGCUUGAAAAGGAGUUUGAUUGCUAUUCAAAUAUCUUUGAAGAUCAGCUUAAUGAAUAUCAAGUUGAGGAAAAUGAUAAACAGAUUAUUAUGUCUCAAAUCAAAUCCAUGAAGUAUCUUAUUUGCAGACAGACUUGUAUAUAA